AUGUCACUCGCUCUUCUUCCAGAUUCAGAGCCGCUGUCGCAAGCGGAGGCAUCCUCCACGCACAAAUUUCCCCACACCCGUGCUCAGCUUGCAGCCUUCGCCCGCCAGCAAAAGUCCUCUGACUCCUACGACGGCGAUGCUGACCCUGUAGAUGACCUCAACCGGGUCUCCACAUCACUUGUGAACAAAGUCGUCGCUUUGGUUACCGAUGAGCGCGAAGAUGAGCUCAAGAAGCUACUCAAGGACACAUAUAAUCUUAAUGACCAGCAGGUGGAACAGAGCGUUCUUGAUCUGCUACACAAACAUCGCGACGACGUAUCAGGCGUCCCCUUCCUCUUUUUGACGCCCACUCGUCGUCCAAUAUCUCGGCCUUCCUCCCGGGCUUCCACACAUUCUGUUCGUCUUCACCCUCCUCGACCUGAAACUCCAAAUUCAGCUCCCAGUUCUCCCCUGGCCCAGGUGUUCCGUAGACCUCACACCCCUCUCACAUCUCCUCUGGCCAUGAAUGGUCCUGCUAAUUCAUACAUGUCAGCUCGGAGCGACUAUUCAGCGUCUCCUUCUUCCUCUCCAAUUCUAAGUCACGCUCAUGCAACGCAGGCUUUCGCCCAGUUCACUGCCAGUCUCCCUGCUUCGCCUUUAUCAUCGCCACGCCUGCUGAACGCGAAGGCGUCUGAAUUCAAACCAAUUCAACGUCCCCUUUCUGCUGCUUCCUCCAAUCCUGGACCAAACAGGACAGAAACGCCCUCCCCCGAUCUUUGGACCCACAGUCCGUUCCGUGCUUCAUCGAAUCUCGCUAUUGCGGCACCUCUACUCCCGGAACAGCCUGGUUACACACGUUCACUAACACCCAGUUCACUUCGCUCUCCUUUACGUACGGAACCAGACAAUGACGAUGAAAAAACAGAAGAGGAUCCGUUCGAAGUCUUCGGGCCCAAGCCAUUCGCAGCGUCCGCUUUCGAUACUCAGUGGUCCAGUUCAACCAAUUCUAACACGUCUCGUUCGCCUGACGAUAUCCACUACGUUGACUACCCAUCUCUUAAUCCACAUGCGACGCCUUUUGAGGUUCCUGACUGGAAUGAUUUUUCCUACAACGAAGAACCGAGCAGCAUCGAGUCUCCAGACGAGGAUUCUGAAGAAAAUGCAACGCUUACUAGCGGUAUGACACCGUUUGAUGUCCUCAGUUCUGUUUUUGGGUCCACUCUCGCCCCUUCUGAACUCGAAGAAGCACUCGCUGAAAACAACUAUGAUUUUGAAUGCGCCAUGCAAUGGCUGAUCGAGAGGGUUCUUCCUCAAUCAGUUUCUCAGAACAAUAACAAUCCGAUGAAGAUGCAACACAUGGGCGGUAGAGUGACGUUGAUUUCUCAAGACUUACGAGGCAUGAAUCGCGGCGGUUACCCUAAUACUGGUCCUGGUCGUCCUACCCGAUAUAUCAACGGGAAACCUGUACCGGGGGGAAAUAGGGUUUGUCGCUACUUCGUUGCAGGCGAAUGUUUACGCGCCGACUGCCGUUUCAGUCAUGACCUUGAACGCGCUUUGUGUCGUUUCUGGCUCCGCGGAACUUGCGCCAAAGGAGAGCACUGUGAAUUCCUACAUCAUCUCCCGAAGGAUGUUGACGUUUCGAGCCUCAACAUGGCCAUGUCGCGUGCCAACAUCAACCAUCAAAAUCUACCAAUGAUGGGGCCACACAAGGCACCUCUUGAGGACUUCCCUGUUUUGGGCCUAGAAAAUGACAAAUCUAAACGCAGCACUUACAACGAUCCCGCUCGGACUCGUUUUUCAGCAGCGGUCAAAAAAUCUGCUCCGGUACCCCCUUCGAGUUUGGGUCUUACUUCGAUGAACCCCAACAACUUGAACGCUGCCGCACGUCGAGAAGCCAUGGGACACUCUGCUGUGGAGGAUCUCCAUCACCGAUCCGCUAUUGUAGCCCCUCGCCCAUCCCCCCGUAUCCGUUUGCGUUCUCCGUCUCUCCUCCCCACCUUGCCUACCGGCGAGUCUGUAAACAAACUCUACAUGUCCUACCGUUCUCGAGCCCUCCAACUUGGGGCUGCCCGAAAUGCUUGCCUCUCCCGCGCCGCUGACGCAUGGCGACGUGGCGACGGUGCUGCCGCCAAACGAUUCAGCCGGGAGGGGCAUGAGCUGAAUGUCAAAAUGAGCGCAGAGAUGACCAACGCUGUUUCACAGCUAGUCAAGGAGCGUGCGCGGGUAGCUGAGCAGGCUGUUAGGGUUAGGGACGCUUCCUGGUCCGAUGAUCCUGGCGACAGGACAAGUCGUGGAAAGCCUUGUGGUGCGGGCUUAGGCGUUUGUUUGGGGGUUGCCAGUCAAAGCGUGGGGGACGGGAAACUCAAGAGUGAAGAACGUACAGAGGCGAUGCUAGACUUGCAUGGGCUGCACUCCAAUGAAGCUACAGAAAUAUUAGAGGAAUUUUUACUUUCGCUCGAGCAGGAAUACUUUUACGGUCUAGCCUUUAUCGUCGUCGGAGAACAAAAGCACACUGGAACGCAGGAUGUCGCCAGAGGCUCCUCACGCGCCCGCCUAUCAACAGGAGUUCGAGAGUGGAUUCACCGCUGGGGUUACCCGUGGAGCGAGCGCGAUGGCAUCAUAUGCGUCGAUCCACUCACCCAUGCGUCUGGAUAG